AUGUGGUUGGUCUUAAACUCGAAACGUGAGAAGUACUCCGCUCUGCAGAACGCUGGCAGCAACUUCAUCCCGUCAACUCCCCAGAAUUCCGGGGAUACAAUUCCAUCAGCAGCCAUGCUGUCAAUACUUCGCAAGGCACGCUUGAAGGAUAAGGAGAUGCGGAUAUUAAUGCUGGGACUUGAUAAUGCCGGGAAGACAACGAUUGUGAAGCGCAUCAUGAACGAGGAUGUCACCACGGUCAGCCCGACCCUGGGGUUUAUCAUUAAAACCAUUGAUUUUAUGGGAUACAAGCUCAACAUCUGGGAUGUUGGCGGGCAAAAGACCCUCCGAUCCUACUGGAAAAACUACUUUGAAAAGACCGACACGCUGGUCUGGGUUGUCGAUGCGACAGAUCGUCUGCGGGUGGAUGAUUGCCGACAAGAACUCGCGGGUCUGCUUCUGGAAGAGCGACUCAUGGGAGCCAGUCUCAUGGUAUUCUUGAACAAGACUGAUGUGGAAGGGUGCAUGACCGAACAUGAAGUUCGUGAGCGUCUCGGCUUGGAUUUGAUCAAAACCCAUAAAUGGACCAUUCUCCCCUGUAGUGCGAUGACAGGGACAAAUCUUACUCGAGGGUUAGAGUGGGUGGUGCAAGACGCCAAAGACCGGCUGUUCCUUUACUAG